UUACCCGAAUACUUCGAUCGUAAAGCGUCAGAUUGUGAUAUUAUCAGAUUCCUCAAUGAAUGUAACCUAGAACCUUAUACGAAAAAAAUAGAUUAUUAUUUAAAGUCUCUUUUGGUUAUUGCCAACACAGAAGAUGGUCAAAGGCGUUUAAAAGCACAGGAACUCCUCGAUCUUUACAAGCAGGAAA